GUCAUUCUGUGAUCCAGUAAUUUAGGUUAUGUUUAUGUGACCACGUUUACUAUCACCUUUAAAACUUAGCAAACAAAUGGGAAAAUUAAAACUUAAGAAGCCUUCCAGGCGACAACCAGCCCGCCAACGUUACAAAAUCCAAAAGAGAAUCCGUCAGCAUAACCGAAAAGUGCGCAAAGAGGCAAAAAACAACCCUAAAAAGCACAAACAAGCGGUUAUUCAAGUGCCCAACAUUUGUCCUUUUAAAGAAGACAUUCUAAAAGAGGUAGAAAUGAUGAAAAAGCAGAAAGAGGAAGAACGUCAGAAACAACGUGAACAAGCAAAAAUAGAACGUCAACAAAAGAAAGAAGAAGAAAAAGCUGCGUCAAAUAAGAGCUUGGAAAGUAUGGUGGCGAACGCAGAAAUGCGGGGAAAAAUUCACGAAAACCUAACCCCCACAAUAAACACAAAAACUCAUGAAAACAACAACGAGAACUCACUCAAAGCAUACUACAAAGAAUUUAGGAAAGUAGUAGAAGCAGCUGACGUUGUUUUAGAAAUCGUGGAUGCACGUGAUCCCUUAGGAACACGUUGCGUUCAAGUGGAAGAACUUAUAAAAGACAUGAAAGGCAACAAGCGAUUGGUUUUAGUUCUCAACAAAGCUGACUUAGUUCCACGAAAAAUCCUUGAUCAAUGGUUAAAGUAUUUGAAGAAAAGUGUCCCGGCUAUAGCUUUCAAAGCCUCCACGCAAGACCAGUCACGAAAACUUGGCCAGAAAAAAUUCACUAAAGCGGAAAAAGCAACCCAGGGAUCUACUAGCGUGGGCGCUGAAAUUCUCAUGUCACUUCUGGCAAACUAUUGUCGCAAUAAAGGUAUUAAAACGUCAAUCACGGUGGGAAUUGUUGGUUUACCAAAUGUUGGUAAAAGUUCAAUCAUUAAUAGUUUGAAGCGCUCACGCGCUUGCAACGUGGGGGCUACUCCUGGUGUCACUAAAGCAAUGCAAGAGGUACAACUUGACAAAAAAAUUAAGUUGUUGGAUUCGCCAGGAAUUGUUUUUGAUGCUGGUAAUGAUAAUAUUGCUAGUUUGAGAAAUUCAGUUCGGGUUUCGAGUCUCGCUGAUCCAGUCACUCCAGCAAAUGCUAUUUUACAAAGGGUGACAAAGCAGCAGAUGAUGGAAAUGUAUGAUGUGACUGAUUAUAGUACUCCAGAUGAGUUCUACAGUUUGAAAGCUGCCAGAAUGGGAAGGUUCAAAAAAGGGGGCGUCCCGGAUUUGAUAGCCGCAGCGAGAAGUUUACUAGAGGAUUGGAACAAUGGAAAAAUUAAAUAUUACACGCUUCCGCCAGAGGAUGAUAGUCAGGUGCACGUCAGCUCAACUAUUGUUACAGAAGUGGCAAAAGAGUUUGAUUUGGACGGCAUUGAGGCAAUGGAAGUCAGUAAUCUGGAUAAGAUCGAACGGGAGGCUGGAAAUACCAAGGAUUCAUUUGUCUUGGAGAGUUUGGGGCCCGUGCAUAUUGAAAAAAUGGAAGAAGAUGGAGCUGAGGAGCAAGAAUUGCUGAGUAAAAAGAUCAGCGUCGAAAGCAGAAAAAAAUCUAAGAAAAACAACAAAAAAGAAGAGAAGAAAAUUGAUCCCGAAAUGGAAUUAGAUGGUAACCAAAAGCUAAAUCAAGUUAGGAAAAACCAAUUCAAAAAAGAAAAGAAGCUGAGGAACCGGAGGGAAAAAGUCGCACUACAACUGGCUAGUGGUUUAGAAAACUUUAAUAUAACGAACGAUAAGAAUGAUGCAAAUUAUAGUUUUGAAACCGACUUUGUUAUGGAUAAGUAACAAUAUUUAAAUUAAAAAAUGUUAAAAAUAA